AUGGAUGAUAUUUCGACAGAAGAACUAUCGGACAUUUCACAGGACAAUACGGACUCUCAAAAGGACCUCCUUUCGCCAUCAAAGAGAGAAGGAGAGUUACUUUCGCAAAUCGCCGAUUUGGAGGACAAACUCGAGCUAUUAGAGCAAGAAACGCUACCUGAGCUGAUGAAGGAUUUCCUCGUUGAAAAAAGUCCUAAAAUUCCGUCGAAAAAUAUAAAUAUUCCUGCGUCCGAGGGAAAGUGUGAGGGAGUGUGGCCGUUUGAGUGGUCAGGCUUUUUUGAGGGGCAAAAGACUUGCCCUUGCGGACCGUGCGUUUUAGCGGAGGCAAUCUACCAGGCUCAAGCCAGAGAGAAAAGACUUCAGUAUUGCGGUAUCGAUGAGAAAUGGAAAAAGAUUGAAUCCAAAGCCGCUGCGGACAAACGAACACUUCAUGCGUACAAGGAGUACUUGCGCGAUUCGGCAACAGCGGAGUCCAAACAGGAAAUGAAUGAGGCCGACGCCGAGCUAGAAAGCAAACGAGAAGAGUUCAGAAAUCAACUACUCCAGGAAUACGAGGAGAAGCAGCGCUUGAUGCUCGAGGAAAAGGCACAAAUGGACUCGUGUCCCAACUGGAUUGAAAUGUACGAAAACAAGAACAAACGGCGAUUACGCCCGCGUGAUGCGAAGGACGACAAGCCAGACGAUCCCCUCAGCAUUUCAAUCCAGAACAGCGGCUUGAAGUGGCUGCGUAAGAAGGCGAAGCUCUAUUACCCUGAGCUGGAUCCAAAGCGCAAACGCGUCGGCCACAGUGCGACACUUCUCACUGAAUCAGAAAUCCUACUCACCGAGGCCGAGAUCGCCGAAGACCUCAAGCUCAUCAAAACGAGUCGCAAGCGUCGCGACAACGCCGCUCCAGCUCAAAAGAAGGAUGUGCAAGUCAUAAACGGCAAGCUCAAGAUCGGAUUGAAGUACUUUUUCAAAAACGAAGUCGUCGUCCUCUUCCAGCGCGAGUCGAACAGUCGAGAGACAGUCAAGAUAACAUCGAUUACUGACAAAGAACUUAACUACAAGCGACCAAACGGCCAAAUUGGACGAAUAUCUCUCGGCAAACUUGCCCGAGACAAGUUUAAACUCUCCAAGUCACAGGAGCUUCACAGCAGCCAGUAA